AUGCAUUGCAGGCAAACGCCAACAACCAGUGACAAUCGAAAUCACGCAAACCAAUCGGCGCGCCUGAUGAAGCGCCAGCCUGAUAUUGUGUCUGACGACACCCUGCGGUCGGUCAAGAGUAAUCUAACCAUCUCAUCCAUCGAUAACACUUCCUCGCCUUUGCCAAACGAUCAUUGUGGAAAUUGCUACAACGACUUACUACUACGAAGUGUUUUUAAACGGUUCCCCAUGUCUAGCCACGCCAGAGCCCUCCGCCGUGAAGACUUCCAGAUCGCGGUUAUAUGCGCCGUGGGCUGCGAAUACGAUGCCGUUGCCCUUGCCUUCGAUGAGAUACGGGAAGGGAAUGGAGGUCUGGGAAACGCAUCUGGGGACAAUAAUAAAUACAAAAUCGGUCGGAUUGGGGGCCAUGACGUCGUUCUACUGCUUCUCCCGAACAUGGGAAAAGUCAACGCAGCAAGCGCGGCAACCGCCCUGUUAUUCAGCUAUCCCGGUGUCAAGUUGGCCAUCUUGACUGGCAUCUGCGGCGGAGUUCCGAGAGUUGGGACCGACAACGAGGUCCUGCUUGGAGAUGUGGUUAUCAGCAAGAGCGUCGUACAAUAUGACUUCGGCCGGAGGCAUCCCGAUCGGUUUGCCCUGAAAGACACCGUUGAGGAGCGCCUAGGGAGACCUAACGUGGAUAUCCGGACCCUGAUUGCGACUGUUCAAACCUUACAUGGCCGAAAUAAUUUGCAGCGUCGGACAAACGAAAUCCUGGAGUGGAUCCAGCAAAAGGCAACUGACAGUGGAUAUCAAGACCUGUAUAAGCGGCCUGCAGUAACAGAAGACCGCCUUUUUGAGCCGGACUAUCUUCACAAGCACUAUACCUCUACAUGCUGUGGCUGUAAUGAAUCAAGAGCCUGUGAAGAAGCACUCCAGGCUUCAUGCGAGGAACUCCAGUGCGACUUUGCACGUCUCAUGUUGAGGAAGCGCCUCAAGAAACCGAAGUUACCUGACGAGGGACAUGAACUCGAAGCCUCAGUGGCACAAGACCUGCAAAUGUUCGUUGGUCGUGUCGGCUCAGGCGAUACUGUCAUGAAAUCUGGAUUGGACCGCGACCGGAUUGCUGAAGAUCAUGACCUCAUUGCGUUUGAGAUGGAGGGAGCUGGUGUCUGGGACCAGAUACCCUGCAUCAUUGUCAAAGCAAUAUGUGACUAUGCAGACAGUCACAAGAACAAGAAAUGGCAAGCGUUCGCUGCGGCGACAGCAGCUUCUGCAAUGAAGGCACUUCUGGAAGAUUAUCCCCAUACGGAUGUUCCAAUACCUCCCACUACGCAGUCCGUCAUACCGAUACUAGUUGAGAAUCAAGUCCCCACACGAGUAUCAAAACCACAGGACGAGAACGAAAGAAAGCUUCUUCAGUUGCUGGCCGCAAAUCAUGACGCUUACAAAAACUUCAACCCCAGGAGAGUCACCGGCACGUGUGAAUGGUUCUUCAAGGACCACAGAUUUCACAGGUGGCUCGACAGCACAGCUUCAAGCAUCAUCUGGGUCUCCGCCGGUCCUGGAUGCGGCAAGUCUGUGCUAUCACGGGCUCUAGUGGACAAGAUUCAAGAGUCAUCAGACCCCGCCACUACCACGGUCUGCUACUUCUUUUUCAAGGACGGCGAAGAACGACGUACCAACAGCCAUGACGCGUUGUCCGCUUUAUUACACCAACUCUUCGCCCACAGCAGGACUUGCUCUCUGAUUAGCCAUGCAGUUAAGUCCUACACGGAUUACGGAGAAAGCCUGCGAAAUAAUUUCUACCAGCUCUGGACUAUCUUCACAGCUUGUGUGGAGAGACCUAAUGCUGGGGAAGUCAUUUGUGUGCUUGAUGCCUUGGACGAAUGCAGCCAAAAUGACCGAAAAGAGAUACUCAAGGCCCUUGAGACCUUCUACUUCAGUCACCAGUUGCAUCAAAGUACAGCGAGGCUAAAGUUUCUCAUUACAAGCCGGCCGUAUGACGACUUGGACAGCUCUUUCAUGAAGUUCAGGAAGUCGCUUUCUGCUGAAACAUACAUCCAAUUUGACGGAGAUGAACAGUCUGAAGAGAUUCACCAUGAGAUUGACCUUGUCAUUGACCACAAAGUUAAUGAACUCUCAGAGGAUUUUGAUGUAGCAGAGUGUCAACAAAUUUCUGCUCGCCUAAAGGCUAUGGAGAACCGUACCUAUCUCUGGCUUAGUCUCACCUUUGACAUUAUAACCCAACAUCGGAGCGCGUAUAGCAGAGUCUCGGAUAUUGAAUACCUCUUAUCUGAUGUUCCCUCGGGGGUGUUCAACGCAUACGAAAAGAUUUUGAGCCGCAGUUAUAACAAGAUUCAAGCUAGUCAUCUUCUUCAAAUUAUCCUCGUUGCCAGGCGGCCUUUGACUCUAGACGAAGUCAACUAUGCUCUGACAUUGCAAGAGAAAGAGUUCAACAAUUAUGAUAGCUUAAGGUCUAGACUUUGGCGUCGAGAGACCUUCAAAAGAACGGUAAAAAACCUGUGCGGCCUGUUCAUCAGUGUGUAUGAUGACAAAGUGUCUCUCAUUCACCAGACAGCUAGGGAAUUCUUAACAUGCCCUGAACAACAGAACGAAUGGCAAGGAAGCGUUGAUAUAUUUCUGGCGCACAACACCAUCUUCAUUUCUUGCAUUCGUUUCUUAUCACUCCAAGACCUCAACCUGAUAUGGCAAAACCAGGCCAGUGAUCAGGUAUUGUCGUUUGUCUCGUAUGCUGCUACGAAUUGGACAAUACACUAUAACUCUCAGGACGAGGUUAAAAGAAACACAUUUCGUGGCGAUGCUCGUGAUUUGUGUCAUAUAUCCAAAAAACACACACCAGUUUGGGUUGAAGUACUCAAGAAGGAACCAUAUUUUCCUUGGAGAUAUUCGUCCAAAUGGACAGAUUUGACUCUAGCAAGCUAUUUUGGUUUACUGGAGGUCGCCAAACGUAUCUUAGACCAAGAAAUGACUGACGUUAACUCAAAAGGUGGGUUCUUCGGCACAGCAGUUAAGGCUGCUGCGGCGCAAGGUCAUGACAAGUUGGUUCAAAUGCUGGUUCAACAUGGCGCUGAUUGUGACACUGGGGGUGCUCACUUUGAAACUGCUCUUCACGACGACAUCGAGGCUGCGAGAUGGUGUCGGCGAGAUGGGGAAGAUUUGAUGGCUUUGCUGCUAGAGAGUCUUCGAGAUGAAACUGAGCUUACCCCAGAGCUUGUCAUAAGCUUGGGUGGUGAAUCUUGGCGUAAAGAGAGGACAAUCGAUAUACUUUUUAAGAAGUAUCUUGGUAAGGUUGAGAUUAUGCAGGAGUUUGUCGUAGCUGCGGCAGGGUCUAAGGGAAAUGUGAUGAGUGUUAUCCUGGAGAACCAUGGUGAUAGAAUUGAGAUUACUGAAGAGGUUGUUAAGGCUUUAUCAGGUAACCGAGACAUUGGAAAACAGAUGAUGGCUUCGCUCUUCGAAAAGCGUGGGCAUGACUUCAAGAUAACGGAACAGGUUGUUAUAGCUGCAGUGUCGAAUACCGUUAAUGGGGAUGUUAUUCUAGCUAUGCUACUGGAGAAGCGUGGGGAUGACUUCGAGAUAACGGAACAGGUUGUUAUAGCUGCAGCGUCGAAUCCCGUUAAUGGGGAUGUUACUCUAGCCAUGAUGCUAGAGAAGCGUGGAAAUGAGAUUAAUAUCACACAGAAAGUUAUUAUGGCUGCGGCGAAAACAGGAUCAGAUGAGAUUGCAAUCACGCAAGAGGUCCUCAUAGCUAUAGCAACGAGUCCUCAUGGGGAGCAGUUGAUGGCCCUACUCCUUGAGGUGCGUCCAAAUGAGGUUCGAAUAACGCAAGAGGUCCUCAUAGCUAUAGCAAGGAGCCCUCGUGGGGAGCAGUUGAUGGCCCUACUCCUUGAGGUGCUUCCAGAUGAGGUUCAAAUCACGCAAGAGGUCCUUAUAGCUAUAGCGGAAGGUUGGGCUGGGGAGGAAAUGAUGGCCUUACUCCUAGAGAUGCGUGGAGAUGAGGUUCACAUCACCCAGGAGGUCCUUAUGGUUAUAGCAGAGAAUCGUUAUGGGGUGGAAAUGAUGGCCUUGAUCCUGGAGGCACGUGGAGACGAGAUUCAGAUAACACGACAGCUUCUCAAAGCUGUCGAAGAGUGUGGGUGGCAGGCCUCGCCGGCCCGUCACGUGGGCUGA